GACUGUCAUCGCACGGUAUACACGAAAGCGCGAUACAACGAGUGAAUCGUCGUGUUUCCAUAUCAAUUUUACUCUUACUCGAUCCACAACGAACCUGUUACAGUUUAAGAGGCAAGUCGCUUUUGUGUACGCGUUUUCUAUCGAGCGGAAUCGAUGGGUACUUACUGUGCACGCGGAGUGUCUUCUUUCAAACAUACAUAAACAAAAAAAAAGAUCAGAGAGGAGGGCCGAAGUUGGUCGAGGUCGAGGAAAGUCCCGGUGGUUGUUGGAAGAGAUCGAGGAUCGCGCGUGGAUCCAUCAGCGUCGCGCGGUGCCCCGGGGCGGCAGAAGAGAAUCCAAGCCGGAGGAAGAGGAAUUUAGUGGAAGUCGGAAGGAAGGGAUCGGCCCGUCGAGUAUCAGAGGAAGGGCAGAGGUGAUCGGAGGAGGGCAGAGGAGAGCGAGCAGAUCAGAGACGAGAGAGGCCAGGGCAGGCGACAAACAAUAGACGACGCAUAACCCGGUGCUCCCGAUGGGGUCGUAGUUGCGCGUAUUUGUAAUGUAUCUGACGAUGAUAGGCCAGCACGGCAGGAAGAGAUCGUCGUAGGGGGAUCGCCAUAGCUAAUCGUACCACCCAAGGUGGCACAGAUUGAGAGCUCUAUCAGCACACAUCCUCUCCUGCCCGGGCAAGUACCAACCAGCGUCGAGUCGGUGCACAUCGAUCAUCGAAGGAGGAUCGAAGUAUCGGCAAACAGCGGAGGCUCAGCACCAUUGACGAUCAGCAGAUCAACGGGAUCCAGGCAUUGUCGAUCCCGUUCGAGCCUCUCGACCUCUCCUCCUCUUUCCGCGCUGCCCUCCCUUCCCCAUCAGGGGCGCGACACGCACCGGCCGCUUCCGGCUAACCGGAAGUGACGCUCUAUGCGAACGGGUGACCACCGUCUUUCGUCGUGAUACCAACACCACGCAACCGCUGACCAGCGCGGGACACCAGCCAUCAUGGAAGUCGCCACUGAACUGUCACCGUUAUCUGGGUCCGAUGCACAAUGCAAAAUCGCCGAACGGACCUCGUACUACCCCCAGGAUCCGAACAAGAGGCCAAAGACCAGGCAGGAGAAGGUGCGUGCUUGUCUUCGACAUAACUCGUUGACUAUCCUCACCGUCAGCGGCGUCGUCGGCGGCGUAAUCCUCGGUAUCAUCCUGAGAAGCACGAGAACGCAAGGAUGGUCGCCACGCGAGAUCAUGUACAUCAAUUAUAUCGGAGAUCUGUUUCUAAGAAUGCUGAAGAGCUUGAUUCUACCACUGAUUAUAUCCAGCUUGGUCUCAGCUAUCGGAUCUCUGGACCUGUCCCUCAGUGGCAGAAUCGGUGCUCGAGCUAUCGUUUAUUACAUGGUCACCACCGUCAGUGCCGUUGUACUAGGUAUUAUUCUGGUGAUAACCAUUCAACCGGGCGUAGGGAACAACCCCGACGUUAAAACGAAGACACCCGCUCAGAACGUUUCCACCAUCGACACGUUGAUGGACUUAAUCAGGAACAUGUUUCCUCCGAACCUGGUGGAGGCCUGUAUCUCCCAGCACAGAACCGAGAUGCAAAAACCAGAGAACAGUACAGCAGCGAGCAAUCUGGAUAACUGGGAGCCAGUACAGAAGAGCGUCUCCGGAACUAACAUCAUGGGUCUGGUUGUCUUCGCUACAGCGCUGGGCAUCACUUUGGGAAAAAUGGAGGAGCAGGGGAAGCCGUUGCUCUACUUCUUCGAGUCUUUGUCAGGCGCGAUGAUGUUGAUAACGCACUGGGUGAUUUGGUUAUCGCCAGUGGGUGUGCUCUUUCUGGUAGCCGCAAAGAUCACCGAGAUGCAGUCGCUGGACGAAGUUGUCGCGCAACUCGGAAUGUACUUCUUGACCGUCUUGAUCGGCCUGUGCAUACACGGUUUUCUAAUUCUGCCCGUGUUGUACUUUAUUAUAACGAAGAAGAACCCGUACGUGUACAUAUCCAACAUGGCGCAGGCGUUGGUCACCGCGUUCGGCACGUCUUCGAGCUCCGCGACUCUACCGAUCGCCAUAAAUUGCCUGGAAGAACGGAAUAACGUUGAUUCACGAAUCACCAGGUUCGUCUUACCGAUAGGCGCUACCAUUAACAUGGACGGGACUGCUCUGUACGAGGCUGUAGCCGCGAUUUUCAUCGCCCAGGUGCGCCAAGUUAGUCUCAGCUUUGGCCAACUGGUAGCGGUCAGUAUCACAGCGACUGCCGCGAGUAUCGGUGCAGCUGGAAUUCCACAGGCAGGUCUGGUAACAAUGGUAAUGGUUCUGGAUACGGUUCGCCUUCCAGCCGAUGACGUUUUCCUGGUUAUCGCUGUCGAUUGGUUGCUCGAUCGCUGUAGGACAACAGUGAACGUGGUGGGAGAUUCUCUCGGUGCAGGAAUCGUGAAUUACUUGAGUAGAAACGAGCUGGCAUCUUUGCCCCAUAACGGGCAGUCUCAAAACGGGCCAGACCAUCACACUACAACGUCUAUAUGAAAUUAAUAUCAGUAUUGACCAUCGAAAUUUCUUCCUUCUUCGACACUAUUGCUCGUUAAGCGUUGCACGCCCCCGUGAAAUUCGAAAUUAGAAAGUGGACGAAACACAGCAAGCACGAUAGUUCUCUGAAAGCAGCAAUAACAUAUGAUAGCUUAUAAAAGUACGAUCAGCGCUGUCAAAUUAAAAAAAAAAAAAUACUACUGUUGUACCGUGACAAUCAAUCUUCCAUUUUUCCAUGAAUCGAAUAUCCGAUUAUUCUUGCACAACGUUCUUAGAAGAGCUAGCAGUGUUUUAUAUUUAAUUAUACCGAUCCUAGUUUCGUUCGAUUAAAGUACAAAAUGGUCCAACGAUCCGAUCAUGUUUUAAUGAUCGUUUCCAGUUGGCUGUGUAAUCAACCGGUUAUAUAAACUUCGAUGGAAACCAUCGACGGAUUUAGAAUUCGAUUUUCAAACGGAAAUAUGCAAAGAGAAACGAGUUUUAAUAUACAUAUUAUACAAACCACGUGGCAUACACUUUCAACUUACAGUUUGUUGGAAAAUGUUACUUUCGUGACGAAUUCUUUUCUGUUCACCUUAUAAAUUAUUUGAAAUUUUCGAAUCGUUGCUUAGAUAAAAGAAUCCGCGAGCAAUGUCCAAUUCGGCAGCCUGAUAUAAACGUAAUCUGUUAUUAUAGUCGUUAUAUGUACGUACACGUAGGAUCGUUAAAACAGAUUAGCAGUACGGUGAUCGUGUUACUGCCUAACAAUAAGUGUUCUAAUUUAUUCUAAGAGUGUUCUUUUUAAAUGGUCUAAACGGUUUAACUGGAAACAAAGUCACAAACAAUUAUAUGAUUGAUAAAUACAGAUUGUUAUAGGAGAAGAAAUUUGUUACAUUCGAUUUAAACAGAAAAUUGUGAAUCGUGGGCACGGCAUUUUCUCCGCGAAAGAAUUACACUUUAAAAAACAGUAAAUUCCAAAGGCAUUUUUUAAAUCGAUAUUUUUCUUAUAUCCGUAGAGAAUGUAACUGUUAUUUUAAUUAAUACAAGUUUUGUAGUAAAUAGUCGAGAUGUAUAAAAUCUAAUUGUAUACAGUUGUUUUAGAGGCAGUAUUAGUAUCGACGAUAGCUACUAUCUAUGUAUAUUCACUUAUGAUACGCGCCUCCUUAAUCUUUGUCUUCCAUUGCUAUACGAUCUAUAAUGGCGUAGCCAUAAAAUUUCAAAUGUAAAAAUGUAUCGCGUAGCGUGACGAUUAUGAAAUCGAUCGUUGUUAAUUUCUAAAAUCUUAUGAAACGAAAAUAUAAGGCGAUUGAAAAUGUGUUCAGUUUUUCCAUAGGUUAAUGUGCCUAUAAAUGGAUGCAGAAAAACGUAGAAGCAAAGUUAUUUCGUUACUUUGCUGAUUAGCCUAGAGAAUCAGUAACGAGAAUAUUAUAUUAUAGUAUUCGAUGUAUUCGCUACUGCACUAGAUGAAAAGUGUUGAACUAUCGACUAAACAGUAAAGAAGUGUAUUUUAUUAUUCUAUAACGAAAAUUAUCCAAGAUUUAUUAUUACAUAUAUUCCUGUAUACAGUUACAUUGGUGCAUGCAAUGAAUGUAACCGAAUAGUCAAUUUAUAUUUUUAACUUAUUCACCAUAUUAUACCUUGCGUAGGUGUAAGUUGAGCUAAUCGUAAUCGGGAAAUGAUCAAGUACUGUACUACAAUCUCUUAUUUCCAGGAACUCUGACAUCUAUUCUUUAAUAUCGACUCAAAUGAGUACGUUCGUAAAUUACUCUAAAAAUGUAGCAAAUGUAUAGUUCUCGACUUGAAUAUAAAAGCAAAUGCAACUAUACAGCCACUUGUAUUUUUCACGUUGCUAUGCUUUAAUUCAAUGUUAAACGUGAAUAAAAUUUGGCCAUGUUGAAAGCCACGUUUGUUUUGAUUUGAAAAUUCCGUAUUUACCGAAACAUGAUACAGCUUCACGAUUAAAUCAUAUAUUUAACUUUGUCUGCUGAAUAGCUGCAAAUAAAAAUUAUGUAGUAUCGGUUAGCUUUUUCUUUUUCAUGCAAAUUGCAUUGUCGCCGACAUAGUUUGAAACUUCGAAAAAUAUUAUUCGGCUCUUAAUACUUAAUUUUCAUAAUUAACCGACUUAAAAGUAAUAAUAAUUGAAUUCUCUUACUGUUCAUCACUUUUCUAUUUAAUUUAUACUGAAACAAUACACUCGGUUGAAAGCUAAAUAUUGUUGUGGGAUCGGGAAGAUAAUGACUCCG